AUGGGAAGGAAAGCGAAGGCAAUUCUCCCGCCGCUACAGCAGGUUGACUACGACGCGCUUCCGCAUUCAGUCCAGAGAAAGUACUUUUCAUCCUUGGAACGACUGCAAAUACAGCAGCAGACCGGCGAUGAUCAGACAAGUGAGCCAUCCUCUGGUUCUCCUUCUCAUGCCGCUUCGAAAGCACCGUUUCGACGCCUAAAUUCUAGACGUCGAGCACACACUACGGGAAGCUCACGGCAGGACCACGAGAUAUCCCAAGCCGAAGCUGCUUUCUUUUUGUCUUUACCUGAUAAAGUGCGGAAGCAGCAGUUUUCCCGCGAGGAGCAGGUCAUCCUUCUCGCCAAAUGUGACCAGGCGCUCCUUCCUCCCGACCACGAUCCAGACCCGGAAGAGGUAGCCAGACAGCGCUUUCACGACUUUCACUUCGACUUCUCAACAAACAACCUUGACCAGCCCUCGAAACGUGGCUCACCACGAGGGCGCCGUUCCUCAGUCUCUGCAUAUAGCCCGAGCCAGCCUUCAUUCGGCUUCUCACUCAGGUCCAAGAAAGAGCAGGACACACAGAGCAGUUUGUUUUUCCUAGACGCCAUGGACUCACCCUCAAGCAGGAAAAUGCGCCCAUUGAGUUUCAGACGCACGAUGUCGCUGAGUGGCCCACCUAGUUGCCAUUCAACUUGUUCUGCUGUAGCCGGGCCAGGGUCUCCUCUAUUCAUCUUCCCUGCAGAAUAUCGACCCCGGCAUCAGCGAGCGCACUCGUCAGCCAUACCAGGGCGACGGUCUUCAUACACAUCACCCACACCUAUCUUUGACGCAGAAGCCACGCAUUAUCAGGACCCAGAGACAAGAAAGAAGCUGCGCAUGUACCUUGCAUCACCACAGAAGUUCGACGAAGCUAUCGAAUUCGGUUUCCCAUCUACUGCCGAACAGGAAGAUGUCGUACCUCACUAUCAACUCCCCCCAGUGACUAAACAUUCUCGCAAGUUCAGUCGAGACAUGCACACUUUCCUCAGGGACGGCAAACUGUCCUUCUUUGAAGACAAGAACAGCGAAAAUCAAGGCCUCGAGUCCGACGGUGACUCCGUUGUUGAGUUGGAGUCUCCACGGACACCGUCAAGCACAGGCUUGUCUUUCCGUCUCCAUGCCCGCCAGAUGUCUUCAAUAGACUCCAAUGGCCUAGCUUCUUCACAGCCAAGCCCUGGGUAUCUGCAGCGCGAGAUGACCCUUCGCAUGACUCUCACUCGGCCCGACCUUCGAGCGGACGAGGAUGCGCUCUAUGGCUGGCAAAAUCAGAUCCAGCAUCAGCACCAGAAGAGCACAGCAGCCGCCACCGUCCAGGAUGAUCCACUAGCCCUAGAAGAGCUUGUUUUGUCUGAUGAUCAGACCGGUACCAAGGGGCCAUUCUACGUCAAGCCGAAGCCAAGAGGCAGCCUCGUUACGCGCCUCUUGAAGCGUGCAAGCCUCAAAGGACGAUCUUACACCACCUAA